AUGAGCGACGGAGAGCCUCCAGUCCCUGACACCCGCGUGUUGGCGGUCGCCAGCCAUGUUGUCUCCGGCUACGUAGGCAACAAAAUCGCCGUCUUCUCCAUGCAAUCCCUCGGCUGCGACGUCGCCGCCCUCAACACGGUGCAGUUCAGCAACCACACGGGCUACCGCCAAUUCACCGGCACGCGCGUUUCCGCUUCGGAAAUCACCGACCUGUACCGCGGACUCAAACAGUCCUACCUCGAUGACUUUGACAUGAUGCUGUCCGGGUACGUCCCCGGUGCUCCAGCGCUGGAAGCCGUGGGGGAGAUAGCGAAGGAACUUAAGGAAAAGGCUCAAGCCCGCGGGAAGCCUGGAAGUUUCUUUUGGGUGCUGGACCCCGUGAUGGGCGAUAACGGCAGUCUACUCCUAUCAGAAGUCAAAAUAAUCGACAUGCCCUCCCUAACCCGCGCCAUCUCCGUCCUCCACGAGCGCUACGCCAUCCCGCACAUCAUCAUCACUUCCGUCUCCCUUCCCGGCGCUACUACCGUCUCCUCCACCAUGCCCAACUCUGUACCCGGCUCUUCGGCGCCCACACCAACACCCCAAGAAGAAGGCCAAGGUCAAUCACAACCGCCCCGCACCAAAACCCUCAGCGUAGUCGGCUCAACAAUGACUUCUGCCCGCCGACCGCGCGCCUUCCAGAUUAGUUUCCCCGCCAUCGAUUGCUACUUUUCCGGCACGGGCGACAUGUUUUCCGCCUUGAUGCUCGUGCGUAUGCGAGAAGCGGUGUAUAACACCGAAGGAGACUUGACGGAACGGGAGUCGUGGUUGUCAGAUGAUUCAGUGGACGCGCUGGACCUGCCGCUUGCCAAGGCCGCGGAGAAGGUGUUGGCGAGUAUGCACGAGGUGUUGACGAAGACGGCGGAGGGGAUGAAGGGAAGGGUGCAGAGGGCUAAGGGGUUUGUGGAUGAGCAGCUUCAGAGAGAAAAAGCGAAGACAGAUGGUGUUAAUGGGUGUGGACAUGCGAAUGGCCAUGAGUCGGUUGAAGAUGGACAUGUGGAUAAGAAACCUAGGUUGGAUUCGACACAGACGACGACGACGAAUGGUAAUAGCAAUGGCGUGGAAGAUGGGGAAAAGACGGAAGAGAGGAUAAAAGAAGAAGCAGAACGAAGGAGGAAACAAGUGGAGGAAGCGGAAAAGGAAGAAGAAGUGCAGGCGAGGAAGAGGUUACAUUUGAUGAAGAGCAAGGCGGCCGAGUUGAGGCUGGUCAGACAUCUGGAUAGUUUGAGGCAUCCCAAGGUGGAGUUUAGGGCUAGGAGGAUAGAGUGCUCUUAGCUUUUUUUUGGUUCUGAUUGGUUAUCCAAUUAUCUUUGCGAGAGAGAGAGCGAGGAAUAGAAGGGGUGUGGGAUGACGGGAACAGCAUUGGAUAGCGGGAGUUAUUGUUGAUCUGCUGUUGGUGAGCGAGGCGCUAUUCUAUUCUAUUCUACCAUAGAAGCUAGAUCAGAGCAUGGGCAUAGCAUUGCGGGAGCUUUGGGGGAGGGAGUUGGUUGGUGAAUGUCCUGACCAAGGUAUAUACCACACUAUACAUACUUCGUACAUCACGAAUUGGAUUAGAAGAAGAGUUAUGGAGUUUUGAUCCAAGAUGGACCAUUAAAUCCAGAGCUUGCCUGACAAAGUACCUCCGCUGCACGUCAAGCUGUUCGUUCGUUCGUUCCCUGCUCGUUCACACAAGGUAUUGAUCACCGAUACUUGUGUCCAUGUCCACCACUCCGUAGUAUCAUAUGCAUGUCAUACCUUUCAAUGUUUCUGCCAGAUU